AUGGAGCAGGGGGUGGAGCACUGAGCGCUGUCACCAGUGCAAACAAUCCUUGUUUCGGUAUCAACUUGCUACAUAGAUUUCCGAGGCUUGUACUACAAUGUACUUGCCUGAUCCAGCUUCUGUUCUUCUGUACUGAGCGAUGUUGCAGUGAGCAAGACACUGGGGAUGGCGCAGCCAACACAAAACUCUGCUGGAGCAUGGAGAAGGCUGGAGAGUCAGAAAAUACACGUGAAAAGUAUUUGUCUCCAGUACCAACUGUAUCUACUUUUGAACAGCCACUUCUUUUGCCUUUUAAAGAAUAAGACUGGACUAACCAUCUUCUUCCUAUGUGCUUACGUACCAAACACAGAAGCAAAUCACUGUAAGUGGUCAGAAGUUCUGAAAGAUUUGGAGCAGAUCAAGACAUCUGAAGACAUUGAUGUCAGUUUAUAUACUGCUAACACAGACGAGGAUAAAGAAUGCCAGGAACCCGUAAUGAGAUGCUUUUUUUUAGAGAUGAAAGUGAUUCUUCAUGAAUGUAAUAUCAAAAAAUGUAGCAGAACACAGGAUGUAUUCAACAUCUGGAAAAAUGGAAAUGCGCGAUUUGAAACUAACCAGUUGAAUUCCACAACAUCAAAAAAAUGCAAAGAAUGUGAAGAAUAUGAAGAGAAAAAUUUUACAGAAUUUAUACAGAGUUUUGUGAAGGUUAUACAGAAGGAAUGCAAAUAAUACCAUGACCAAAAUAAACAAACUGGGAACAAUGACUGUUCAAGAAACAUACCUCAGAUAAAUUAGAUUGUCAAUAACACUGGACUAAAAAGAACUUCACUUCUAGUCCUAUUUGCUCAGAAUAAAAAAAACAAAGAAUAAUACAAUAUCUUUAAUGUGUGAUGUUUUCAAAACUGCAUACAUACAAAUGAUAGCAAAUUUGAAGUAAAAAAUAAAGGAAUUUAACAUUUUUUUCCCCUGGA